AUGUUUUUCCCUGAAUUGUUUACCGGUGCUGUUGGAGCCGCAGUGGACUUGACACUAGACCCAAUGCUAAAGUAUUGGGUCCUUUUCCCCAUCUCCAUUGUCAUGAUUUUGGUAGGUGUUUGUCGCCAGUAUAUAAUGGUGCUUUUGAGCUUGAAAACUAAAACUGUGUCGCAAACAAGGCUAACUGAGGUUCAAUAUAUCAGUAAGGCUCAAGCGCUGCUUGGAAAUGGCAGUAAUUUGUGCGAGGAAUCCUUCAAGAUGCGGCAAGAAUAUUUGGCCAACAUCUUAGCGGAGGGUAAAUUUUUGGCGCAAAAGGAGAAGCCAGAGACUCCUGCAAACCCACUUACCGAUCCCAAUGCGUCUGACGCCAUGAUGGGCAUGGCGACUUCAAAUUUGGCUAAUUACAUCCCACAGACGCUUAUUAUGUGGUGGGUCAAUCAUUUUUUCGCUGGCUUUCUUCUCAUGAAACUACCCUUCCCUCUGACCAUCAAAUUCAAAGAAAUGUUGCAGAACGGGAUAAUGACCCCCGAUUUGGAUCCACGCUGGGUGAGCAGUAUUUCGUGGUACUUUAUCUCCACGCUGGGACUAGCGCCUGUUAACAAUUUAUUUUUCGGAGGAAGCAACGACGAGCCAGAACUACAAGCAAUCGCACAGCAGCAGCAACAGAUUCAAUCUGUCGUUGGCGGCCCAGCUCCCGAUGUUAUGAUGAAAGGUCUCUCCAAUGACCUCACCAUCGCGCAGCACGAGUCGUGCUUUGAUGCAAUAGAAGAAAGAGUCUUGAGACUCUACGCAGACUGA